GAAGACGGAAGGAAACACAUCCACGAACAAAGCUCACAUUAUUUUAUUUUGAAUCCAAGUAUACUGGCACUGAAAGCUCGAAAUGCGAAAACACCAUAUCCUGAUUGAAGAAGGUCUCCCUCUCCCCCUAUCAUCUCUGCGUCUGUUGAUUCCUCCACUGCGGCUGGUGUCUGCAGCUCUAUGGCAAGUUGUUCAGCAGAGAGACGUAAUGGACUACGGGUUGGUGGAGGAGUUUGUCACCACUGUGUUGGAGAUAGUUCCUGAUAUGAUGAGUUACAGGGAGAGAGUCCAACUCAUCAUGGGGCUGCGAGCACAGCUGGUUCUGGAGUUGUGUCGCUCUGAUCACCUAGCCAACCCUGAGACCAUCCAGCCACACCUGAACAGGAUGAAGACCUGUAUGAUCACUCAUAGGGACAAGGAGAUUUCUGAUCCGGAGGUGGAAGCGUCAGAAUCAAACUUCCUGAAGCUGAUUCAAACUCUGCUGGAAGACCCAGUCGAGAAGGAACACUUCUUUCAGAAUAUUUUUCCAGAGGAAUUUGGCCCCAAGUAUAACUCAGCACUGCAGACUCUGGUGUGGGAGUUCCUCUCCAGGCUGGAGAAGCUGCUUCCAGCACCAACCCUUCAACAGACUGCAUCUUGGUUCCUACCUGACCCCUCUGUCCUGGAGGAGUGUGUGCAGUGUGUAUCCCACCCUCAGCCUUUGAAGACCCUUCUCCAGCACCACAACAACACAUGUGGACAUGUAGACACCAAUGGUAGGAGAAAUAGACUUUUGACAGGAAAUAAUGUUAUCAGAAAGCCUAUAACAUGUUUGGUUUUAAUAUUGACUUUUCUUCUUCAACUGUCUCUAGCUCUGUCUUAUGGGGACAAUCAGAUCCUCGCUUCAAUGUCUCUCUCUUCCUUAGUGAUAGAUGAAGCCUUCACUGACCAAGCUGACCCAGAGGUCCAAUCAGAACCUGAGCAGGAAUGUAUGAGCCCUGUCUCAUCUGACAAUGAGCCAAAGAUGGCCUCUUUGUUGGAACACAUGGAGAGUGAACUGUUGCCUUUGAAUAAAGAGAUGAAGCCUGCUAUUUUGGAGGUAGCAUGUCGACACAAGAAAACAACAGCGAAAAACAAUACAUCUUUUCACCACUUUCACAAUGACAGUGGGCUGAAAAUCCAAGGAAAAGCCCACAGCAGCCAACAGGAAGUGCAGGACAUUUCUAGUUUAUCUACUUCCUGUCGGCUCCGUCAGCCCAAAGUGCUGCUACACAGACUUGACAUUAGUGAUAUGCUGUUACCUAUGACGGAGGUCUCUUCAACACCGAGGAGAGAGAGGCUUCAGAUUGACAAAGUAGGAUCCCAAGGACAGAGAAGAGGACAGGUCAUAUCACAAAAGAGUGAAAGGAAUAUGAAUGAAGAGCCCUCUGAUGGUCAACCUCGGUAUUCUCUGGCCCCUGACCCAUCCCUUACCACAGGGCAGCCUAAAAGAAGCAAGCGUGUCAAAAAAUGCUCCUUGUGUGGAAAGACUUUCAGCGAAUCAAAGGAUUUGACGGCACACAUGAGAUGUCACAAUGAGCAGAGCCCUUACAAGUGCACCCAGUGUGGACAAGACUUUGAACACCAUGAGGACUUACAGAAACAUCAGCAGAAUGUGUGUGAGGGGGCAGCUCAACCAGAAGACGACAACAUGUCUACGGCAUCUUUUAAGGAGGAUAACAUGUCUAUGACAUCUGUGGAGGAUGACAGAGAUAGGACAGAGAUAUCCCACCCCCAUGACACUUUACCUCAGAACAAAAGAGGUCCCUAUGUUCAUCACACUCCAAAAGCCUUCCAGCCUUCCAAAGCCAGACAAAUAUGCCAUGUGUGUCACAAGACUCUUUGUAAUGUAUUUAUGCUGAGAAGGCACCUGAAAUCCGUUCAUGGUCUGCUCCCCUACAAGUGCUACAACUGUGAGGCAAGUUUUGGGAAUAAUCCUAGUUUGAAAAAACACGUAAAAGAGUGCUUGAAGAAGACGAAACGCCACCCUUGCUCUCUGUGCGGUGUGACCUUUGAGCCAAAUGAGUGUUCGGAGGGGAACCAAAAGCAGUUCAUAGAAAAUGGUACAGCGAUACCCCAUAAUGCAACAGCCUUCAGUGCUCUGCCCUUCAGUGCUCUGAUACAGUCCUCCAGUAAUUACAGAACAUGUCUUCUGUGUAAUGAAACUUUCGAUACUGCAGCGAACAUGAGAAUACACCUAAAAUGUCAACAUGAUGUACAUCCUUACCCAUGCAUCAAUUGUGGGGAAAGUUUCCCAAGCAUAUCGGAUCUGCGGAUACACAAGUGUUCAGGUCAAAACAUUCCAGACUCCAGAAAGUGUCCGGGGUGCAGGAAUAGGACACCGCAGCAGUUAAAGACAAGUCAGGAAGUGAACCUUAGACACCAGACAGAUAGGCCACUAGUUGCAGCAGAAAACGAGAUGGCGAUCCCGCAGUCCUGCAACACAGAUGUUGACUACUCAAAUGACUUGCAGCAAUGUAAGCCAAAGGAGUGUGAGAUUAACUUUCAGAGAGGACAGCAAGACUGGAGUGAGGCAGUUGAUCCAGCACACAGAAGUAGUUGUCUGGUUCCAAGGGAGGAUGGGACAGAGAUUCUCCACAGCCAUCGCACGUCACCCGAGAACCCAACAACUUCCAAAGCUCCUCCCACUGGCGUGAUUUUAAAUUCUAGAACAUGUCUGGUGUGCUAUAAGACAUUCUUUAACAGAGCAAGUUUGCUUCAACAUCGGAGACGUCACUCACAGGGUCAGGGACCCCACACAUGUACCAUAUGUUCAAGGAGCUUUGGUCGAGCUUUCGAUUUGACAAGACAUCAGGCCAGGAAAACAGGUUGUGGCUCAAUGCACCGUAAUCUCGUUGUACAUGAGAAUGCUCCUACCGAAGUUAAACCGGUCUUCUCUUGCCCCCAUUGUCAGGAAGGGUUCACGAGUGAAAAUAAACUGGAGACACACAUGCUAUGUCACACAGGGGAAGGGUUCACAUGUAGAUUUUGCGGCAAGAUGUUUGCUAAACAAUAUAAAUUAUACAUCCAUGUUCGUUCGCAUAUUGACAGACCUCAUCUAUGUGAUGCAUGUGGUAAGGAUUUCAGAACUAAGUAUGCAUUGAAAGUACACACACGUGUACACACGGGAGAACGACCGUUCUCUUGCCCAGAUUGUGGCAAAAGAUGUUCUUCGAAGGGUAAUCUGAAGGCCCAUCAACAGAGUCAUACAGGAGAACGUCCAUUUGCGUGCCCUCUCUGUAAAGUACGCUGUCGCAUUAAGUCGCAACUAAAAGUACAUAUUUUAACUCACACAGGGGAGAGGCCUCAUAAGUGUUUGGCUUGUGGGAAGACUUUUCAACUGAAACUUUUGUUGAGAAAACAUCAGUUAGCUUCAUGUUCUUAGUUGUCUUUGACUCCCUUUUUUUUCCAGGAUGUACACGUUUAAGUGUUCGAUUUUUUUUUAAAUAUAUUUUUUUGUCAAGAUUCUCCACAUUACUAGCUCGUAACGAGGUGUAGGUUCUAAUCCAGACUGUAGCCUUCACCUUUUGAAUGUACACGUUAAAGAACAUGUCAAAUAUGCAGGAUUUUUUUUUCAUUAAGUAUUGAUUAGCACAGCAGCCCAUUGUGAAAAUCCUUUAUAAAAGUGGCAAAUAUAUGUUGAAAAUAAACGGUGCAAUUAUUACGA